AUACAAGAUUCUAAAAAAAACUGAAAAGCGAUGAAAAAUCUGAGUGGGCCUUUGUUGCACUUGCCGCAGCUGUACUAAAAAAAGUGAGGCUACCACUCCACUACAAUAAUAUAAGAUUCCCCGUUAAAAAGGACCGAAAUGAGCAACCUCAUCAUCACUUUCUUUCACUCACUUGUAGUCGUCUUGAAAGUGUGUUGAGAGAGCGUGGAGUUUCUCCAACUUCUCCGCCGCCUCUUAUCCGCUUCUUUACCCCUUUAAAAUUAUUUUUAUAAAAUGGGGGUUGAAGCUAAGGUUGAAGCAGACCCUAUUUUGAAUGGAAAUUCGAUUGAAAUUGGUAAUUUUCCAGUGGUUUUGGGUCUUCAACCCUCUGCUCUUGUUGAUCAUGUUGCCAGGGUUGAUUGGUCUUUGCUCAAUCAUUGUUCCGGUGAAAUGGGUGGCUCUAUUCCGGUUGCUUUUGCGGAUGUAGAACGCAUACUUACUGAGGUCAAAACCCAUAUAUCCCUAACCCAAGAUGACUUAUCUCCUAUGAAGACCCUUGGUGGUGGUAGUGUAGCGAAUACGAUUCGAGGUUUGUCUGCGUGCUUCGGUGUGGCUUCCGGUCUUGUUGGUGCUUGUGGUGAUGAUGAAGAAGGGCAGUUGUUUAUGCAUAACAUGAAUUCUAAAGAUGUUGAUCUGUCAAGAUUGAGAACAAAGAAGGGAGCCACUGCCCAAUGUGUCUGUUUGGUUGAUGCAGUUGGAAAUCGCACGAUGCGACCAUGCCUUUCUGAGGCUGUUAGACUUAAGGCUGAUGAGUUGAUUGAAGAUAACUUCAGAGGAUCCAAGUGGUUGGUUAUGAGAUUUGCAGCGAUUAAUUUGGAACUUAUACAUGCUGCUGUUAAGAUAGCAAAACGGGAUGGGCUUCUUGUCUCCUUGGACUUAGCCAGUUUUGAGAUGGUGCGAAGCCAUAAGUCAGCUUUGAUAGAACUGCUUGAGUCUGGAGAUAUUGAUCUUUGCUUUGCCAAUGAAGAUGAAGCAAUGGAGGUUCUGAGGGGCAAGCAAGAUACAAGUCCUGAAGUUGCUCUUGAUUAUCUGGCCACACAUUGCCAAUGGGCUGUUGUAACGCUUGGCUCUAAGGGUUGCAUUGCUAAGCAUGGGAAGGAGGUCUGUUGGGUCUACUCAGAUAGAAUGACAGUGAAAAUCUCAGCCAUAGGGGAAGCACAUCAAUGCGAUACCACAGGAGCCGGUGAUCUCUUUGCCAGUGGGUUCAUAUAUGGCUUGAUAAAGGGUCUAUCCCUAGGAGAUUGCUGCAAAGUGGGUUCUUGUAGCGGUGGGUCUGUCAUUCGUUCACUUGGGGGUGAGGUAACUCCAGACAACCGUCAAUGGAUGUACAAGCAGAUGCAAAUCAAGGACCUUCCCGUUCCCAAAGUCUACGUAUGAUGCUUUCUAUUAGUCAUGUCAGCUCGCUCCCAUUGGGAAGUAACACGUGAAGAGGUAACAUACUGUGAGUCUUAGUGUCUUACAGAUCCUAUGUUGAAUCAGCAAAUUACACCCCUUCUAAUGAUUACUUAGAUUAGCGCUUAUAAGACCGAGGCCAAUUCUGUGAUAUUGUAAACUCUGAUCCUGAUUAUGAGAGUAAAAGUUGUCGAUUCAAUGCAAGCAUUAUUCCUUUGGUAGCUGGGGCAAAAGAUUCACCCAUUAAUAAAUGAAAAUUUUCCAUU